AUGGACUCAUCACCACUGAUCAAGGCCCACGACCAUGCUAGAGCCGCAUCCACCGCAACCCAUACUUCAGAGACUACAGUCGCCAUCAAUGAGCAUACCAGGGCUGCCGGCGAGUUUGCGAAUGCAGCCAAGGACACUACUUCGGUCGAGGCUUUGCGAACCCUCAAGCUGCUUGAACAGCACCAUCGCAGACUAUCCGAGUUACUCCAGGCUCCUCUACAAGCCCCAUCAUCGCGGUCCUCUGUUGGCGCCGAUUCUCGUGAAGAUGAGAAAGAAGACGCUCAUUCAAUUUCCGAUCCUGCGACUCAUCCCACCAAAUCGUUGUCAAAUGAAAAAAAUGCACCGCCAAAACCCACUCUUCUGAAACAACCUAGAUACCCUGCUCGAGACUUAGGUGCCUCUAUCGCCAGCAAUUUAGCUUCCGCUCGUGGCAUCCGCUCCAAAUAUAGAUCGCAACCUCUUAACCCCAGCGUCUCCAACACCGAGGCACCAGGAAGCUUGGAAGGGGGCUCAAAGAAAACCGUAUCACGCACUCGAAUGCAAGAUAUGCUUGACAACUCCGAUAGAACUACCGCGAUGCCGCCAUCUGAUCGAACCGCUGGGUUAGUCGAAGACUCGUCUUCGAGGGCGAUCCAAGACACAUCAACAUCAUCAAGCGAUGAGGGGUUUUCGAGGUUCUACAGUGCGUUUGGGAGCAUUAUCAACAAAAUCUCGGCCCCAUUAGCUUUUGCCGGACUACCAUUGAUUAGCGAAGAACAGGCCGAGGAACAGCAUCUACCCUCAUCACCCGAGAUAUCAACCCAGAAAAGGGUCCGAGUUAGGCAUUCCACCACUCACACGGCGGAACCAGAUAUUCAGAAACUGUACUCAAAAGCGGCCCUUCGCGCAGUUGCUCGAGAAGGACAUUCUACAAACGACUCUUUCUACGUGGUUCCAACGAGCGGUCACACGGCUUCUUAUGCAAGCAUAUUGACAUUCGCAGACAAAGAGAAACGUCGCAUGGAGGUCUCAACUCACGCAAUUGCAGGUAAUUUACCGGAUGAUGCCGAUGAAGAUGACUUUGUUGAUGCUAGGGAGUCACAAAUGUCUCAUUCGCCAGCUCUCAAAAGAAGCGCAGGCAAAGGCACUAAUGAUAUCGUUGUUGAAGAGCUUUAUUUAGAGAACAAGAGCCUCAAGGAUAUGAUCGACAAACUCAGUAAACGACUGCACGCGUUUGAAUCUAUGUCACAGAGUUCCGGGAUGAGAUUGGCGGAAAGUAUGCGCUUGAUGCGUCCCGGGUCGCCUCUAGCAUCAGCCUGCAGAUCCGGGGUUUCCGAAGAAGUCUUCACGAGAGAGAUCAAUGAGCUUAAGCAACAAAAUCAAGCGUUGAUGAAACAAAACGAAGAGCUCGAAAAGAAUUACUCCAAAGCUCGUGCCAAUCUAGUACGAUAUAGGGAGAAAUGGGACCAGCUCAAAGCAGGUGCAAAAGCUCGCAGAGCCGGUAGUGCUCAAGGCAAUUCUGAAAUUGUUGACGAAGGACUGAGAUCACCGCAUUUAGCAUGA